CUUCUCCACUUCAAUAUCCCACGUCAAACAACAUUUUCCAGUUGUCAGAAAGAAAAAAAAGAACAUCAAUUGUCUUGUGAAUUUUCACCAAUUUUCCCUUGGAUUUAAAAAAUGCGUCCUCGCUGCAAUAAACCAGUUACACUCUUCUCGCCCGGCGGUCGUCUACUUCAAGUGGAAUAUGCCCAAAAUGGUGUCCAGAAAGGAUCCACCGCUGUGGGCAUUCGUUGCUAUAAUUGUGUGGUGCUGGCUUUGGAGCAAAAGGAAUUGAUGCCACAGCAGAUGGAGCAUACAACGGAGAGGAUUUUUUCCUUGGAUAAGAACAUGAUAAUGUCCUAUGCCGGCAUAUCGCCCGAUGCCCGUGUCUUGGUGGCCCGCGCACGUGCCAAGUGCCAGAAGCUGCGGGCCCUUAAUGAUGAGGAUCCAGUCAGCGUUAGGCUUAUCACUGAAUAUUUGGCCAACUUGAAGCUAAAGUAUACCCAGGCCCCCGAUUGCCGUCCCUUUGGGGUCUCGUGUCUCAUCGGUGGCUAUGAUGCCAAUGUAAAGGCACGUUUAUAUCAAACUGAUCCGUAUGGGAAUUAUAGUGAAUAUAUUGCCACGGCCAUUGGACGUUCAGCACAAACGGCUCUGGCAUAUUUGGAAAAAGGAUAUGCCACUAGCUUUUUACCCAGCCGCCAUCGGGCCAUCAAGUUGGCCAUUGGUGCACUGCUUUCGGUGAGUCAUCCCGAACGCAGGGAAUUCGAGGUGGUUUUGCUGAAGAGGAACAAUCAGUUGGUGAAGUUGGAACAGGAUGUUAUAGCCGAAUAUGUGGCUAAUAUGGAUGAAUAUAUGGGUUAGAUCACUGGAAAUGCAGGGGGUACAGGAACUGGUGGAGGGAAGUAAGAUUUAAGAAACAUAAACACUUAAUUGCAAUUGGAAGUACUGAAAGUACUGGAAGCACUGGAAGUAAGCGGAAAUAAUGAAAGCGGAAAUAUAAAUGACAUAAACACUUAAAAACAACAAAAACAAUGCAAUUGGAAGUACUAAAAGUACUGGAAGCACUGGAAGUAAGCGGAAAUAAUGAAAGCGGAACUUUCUUUGCACUCAAAAAAUCUUUAAAUUAAUUUAUAAUUCACAUAAACACAAAAAUAACCCAACUGGAAGUACAAAAUAUACUGGAAGCACAGGAAACGGAAGUUAGGUAGCACUUUAAAUUUAUUUAUAAAAUGUUCUGCUCUGUCUAAACUCUCCCUAAAUAUCUUUUGUACUU